ACUACUAUAUUUGAAGUCUCUUUCCUGGAAACCUUUGUCACACUUACACCCUGCGAUCAUGCAGCUGGAUCCUGUGCUGGUUGAAUCCGGCGUGGUGUUUGGCAUGGUAUUUUCCGUUCACUAUGCCGUGUGGAACCAGCUGUCCUGGUGUUGCAUCGCUCUGGCCAUCCAGGCUUUUUAUGUGCAGCACAAAUGGGAUCGGCUCAUUCGGACCGGCGCCGCCGUGUUCCAGUUCCGGCCUUCGGCUAACAGCGGUGUGUUACCGGCCAGCAUGGUUCUGCCGCUGCUGGGACUGGCUUUGAGGGGACGCUGCAUCGCUGUGGGGAACGUUUACAUGGAGCGAUUCGCAAUGGUCAUAACAGUGAUCGGUAUGAUGUUGGCGCUGUUCCUAUCGCUCAUCGCUUUGGGAAUCACGCGCCCGGUGCCCACAAACACCUGCGUUAUAGCCGGCAUCGCCAGCAGCGCCAUUCUGUACACAGUCAAGCAAACACUAACAGUCUCCGAGGUGAUCGAAGUCUUGGAGGUGUUGCUUAUUUUUGUGUAUUUAAGCUUAAUCCUCUUGUACCUUCUCCCACGCUGCUUCACUCCCGGCGAAGCCCUCCUCAUCCUCGGCGGGAUCAGUUUCAUCAUCAAGCAGCUCAUCAAGCGCUCCCUGGCGUCGCCCGGGAACGCCGACCCACUCAUGUAUUUCCUUCCGGUCGCGGUGUUGGGCUUAGUGCUGCUGGGAAUGUUCUUCGCCGUGCUUUUCGUAUUCAUGGAAUCGGAAACUUGGUCAGCGUCGCUUUUCUUCCACACCAUGACGGCUGUUUUGGGAUUGGGCCUAUUGGUUCCAUGGCUUACCCUGCUCACGCAGCAUCACCCCAUCACCUGGUUUUUACAUUUCAUCACUGAAACCAACACUCGCCUUUGGCUGAUCGGAUUCUGGGCCGCUUUGUUGCUUCUAGCAGUUGGUGUUGUGAUGCAUCAAAAUAGUCAUCGCUCCACCGGAAGCAAGAAGCACCAAGCAUCGACGACCGUGCGAAAGUACUUCCACCUCCUAACCGUGCUAACCUUCGUACCCGGACUCGCUCUAGACCGUCCUCUUCUUCAGCUAGCCUCGGUCGUAUGCCUAUCAGCGUUAUUGUUCCUCGAAUUCGUCCGCUAUUUCCGCAUCCGACCACUCGGACCACCCUUGCGACACCUUCUUACUUUAUUCCUGGAUGAGAGAGACUCAGGACCGCUUAUUCUCACCCAUAUCUACCUUCUCCUUGGUGUCGCCCUUCCAGUCUGGCUCACACCCGCAUCCUGUACCCCUAAAGGAGGCCUAGGGGGCGCCGGUGGCCUAGUGCCAUACGCCGGUGUGUUGGCAGUAGGGGUCGGUGACACAGUGGCAUCUGUUUUCGGGAGCGCAGUCGGCGAGAUCCGCUGGCCUGGCACUAAGAAGACCUUCGAGGGCACGGCGACCUCAGUGUUCGCUCAGAUCAUCGCCGUGGUGGUUUUCCUCAUCGCUGACAGCAGUAUAAACCUGAAUGCCAGCUACUCGUGGGUCGUGGGCUCAAUCACAAUGGUAGCCAUGCUGGAGGCGUAUACUUUGCAGAUAGACAACCUGCUGCUGCCUCUGUACCUCUACAUCCUCCUGCUGCUUUGAGAUCAGACCCAUCACAGAUCAUACCAUUAUGCCAAUGCACAGAUAUUAACAGCAUUAAAUUCAAAUGGUACAGCCCUAGUAUUGUGAGUUUGGAAAGCAGAAUGCAAUAAUGAAACGUCAUUAGAGUGUUUAUGUCCCUUGUACAGUGAAUAGAAAUGUGGUGAAUGUGGUUUCUUAUAGUAUUAGAGUGAAGCAAACUAGAAAAGUACUUGAUAUUGUAAACAACAUACAAAAUGGCACAAAAUCAAAUGUCUGAUUGUGAAAUUUUAAUGUUUUUCAAGUUUGGUGCCGCUGUUGGCAGCUUUAAAGGGAUAUUCCUUCC